AUAUCUCUAUGUGAAGUCCAAGUUUUGGGGAAAGCAGCAGAUUCUCUCCCUCCUGAUUUGUCAGCGAGUCCUGAAUCUUGGUCUUUGUCACCCAUGACUAGUGAUGAUACAGGCUUAACUGGAUUAAAACAGCCAAAAGAAACACAAACAUCUCAGUCCAGCAUCUUCAUUCCUUCUCAAUUUCCUGAUAACCCUAUGGAUGGGUCUUCUCAAAGUGGCCAUUGUAUUCAAACAUUGCAAGAGAAUGACACCUGGUGGAUGGCAGAUUUGGGUUCAACACAAACUAUAGACUCUGUGUCAAUCACCAAUAGAAAAGAUUGUUGUAAGGAACAGAUAAAUGGAGCCAUGAUUUUGGUGGGAGACUCACCUGAUCAGGGUGGAAAAUUCAAUGCAAGAUGUGCAGUUGUCCCUUCCCUGGGCCAGGGGAUGACACACAUUUUCAGCUGUGGAAAAAUGAAAGGAAGAUAUGUGACAAUCACCCAUCUAGGGAAACAAAAGGUUUUAUCAUUUUGUGAUGUGAAAAUCUUUGGGAAAACUUGGGAUUUGUUUUCCUUUGCUGAUGAGGACCAACAGAAAACCAGAAGUGCUGGAUCUUCAGUUACAUCAUAUAAUUUUGAUAACACAGAUAACAACUUUGCUCCACUGCUAUCAAAGGGGAAACCUGCCUUCCAGUCCAGCAUCUCCACUCCCUCUGGGUCUCCUGAAAGAGCUGUUAAUGGAUCUUUACUGGAUGAUUUUGAAAAAGGCACUUGUAUUCAAACACACCGAGAGAAUAACCCCUGGUGGAUAGUAGAUUUGGGUUCAACACACACAGUGAAAUCUGUGUCAAUCACCCCCCGAAAAGAUUGUUGUACUGAAGAAUUAGGUGGAGCACUGAUCCUAGUGGGGGGACUUGCCUAUUCAUGGUGGCACAUUGAAUGCCAGCUUCUGAGCAAUACAUGAGCUAUUGUGAACCCAGAAGUCCUAGAGAUGACACAUUUACCAACUGAUAUUCAACUCAGA